AUGAACCCGCUCGACGGAGGGUAUCGUGACCUUCAGCUAAGCCUUCGCAUCCAAGAAAUGGUCUGCGAGCUGCAGCUGAACACGAAGUGGAUGCUGCACGUGAAGCAGAGCGCGGGGCACCGGUCCUUCGAGGUCUCCCGGGAGGAGCCUCGGCCGGGGUGCUUUGAGUCUGAGAGGGUUUAG